GCCGUUGCUUAGGCUGACCUCUCUCUUCUGGUGGGAUUCUGCCCUGGAACUUUCUGAGCCUGGAGCGUUGCUGUAAGCCUCGGAGGACUGGCAGGGGCCUGGGGCCGAGCUGGAUCCUCCCUGAGCCAGAGGACGACCUACAGAGGAGCUCGCGGUGUGAGUGGAAGAGGCCACCAGCAAGAAACCGGUGGGGAUUGAUCCACAGAUUCCCGAACAAUCGGCUAAGGAACGUGACCUGCCCGGCUUGGAGAUGAGUAGCACGGAAUCGCCUCCCAUCCCAGGGGUCGAGGAGGGAGGAAGAAUUGUCACGGACAAACCCGCUUCACCCUGGAAGAGCAUAUUUUGGCCAGAUGACAAUGACUAUUUCUAUGACGUCACCCAAAGAAGCCAGAGGCUGAUACCAUUCUUGAGUCCCCAGACGGGCCCCGAGUCCAGGCCGCACACGGUGGUGCUGCACGGUGCUGCGGGCGUUGGGAAGACCACGCUGGCCAAGCGGUGCUUGCUGGACUGGACGGAGUUCAGGCUGGGUCCCCUGCACUGCGCCUUCUACCUCAGCUGCAGGGAGCUCAACCACAUGGCCCCGUGCACCUUCGCGGAGCUGAUCUCCAAGGACUGCCCCGAGCUGCAGGAGGACGUCCUGGAGGUCCUGGCCCAGGCGGAGAGCGCCCUGUUUGUGGUGGACGGCUUCGACGAGCUGAGGGUGCCGGCGGGGGCGCUGACCCACGACACCUGCAGCGACUGGAAGCAGCAGAAGCCGGCGCCCAUCCUGCUGAGCAGCUUGCUGAAGAGGAAGAUGGUGGCCAAGGCCACCCUGCUGGUCACCACGCGGCCCGGGGCCCUGCGGGAGCUCCUGCUCCUGGUGGAGCAGCCGCGGCUGGUGGAGGUGGAGGGCUUCUCGGAGGGCGACAGGGAGGCCUGCUUCCUGAGACACUUUGAGGACCAGGACCAGGCACGGCGAGCCCUGGAUGCCGUGAGGCGCAACCCGGUGCUGUUCAACCUGGGCUCGGCGCCCGCCGUGUGCCAGCUGCUCUGCACGUGCCUGAAGCUCCAGAUGCAGCACGGGGAGGACCCCAACCUAUCUUGCCAGACCACCACGUCGCUGUUCCUGAGGUUCCUCUGCGGCCAGUUCACGCCGGCACCUGGUGCCCAUCCCCAGUGCCACCUGCGAGAACCGCUGGAGGCCCUGUGUCUCCUGGCUGCCCAGGGCCUGUGGACACAGCUGUCCCUGUUUGACAGAGAAGACCUGGGGCGACUUGGGGUGGAGGAGGCCGACCUCCAACCCUUCCUGGAUAGGUGUGUCCUCCAGAGGGACAGGGACUGUGUGGGCUGCUUCUCCUUCGUCCACGUCAGUGUGCAGCAGUUCCUGGCAGCCAUGUUCUACGUCCUGAGGUGCCCGGGGGAGGACGAGUGGCCGGGCUCAGGGUGGGACAUCAGGGGCGUGCAGGAGCUGUUCUCCAGGGAGGCCCGAGCAAGGAACCCCCUGCUGGCCCAGGCCGGCCGCUUCCUGUGGGGCCUGCUGAGUGCGGCCAGGGUGUGGGAGCUGGAGGCCACUUUCAGCUGCCAGACGUCCUCGGAGGCCAAGCAGGAGCUGCUGAAGCGCACGUCGGAGCAGGAGCAGCCCGUGCUGUGGGCAGUGGGCCUGCAGGAGGUCUUCCACUGCCUCUACGAGUCUCAGGAGGAGGAGCUGGUGAGCGAGGCCACGGCCACCCUGCAGGAAGCGUCCCUGUACCUGACGAGCAGCCGGGACCUCGUGCACUGCUCCUUCUGCCUCCGGCACUGUGGGGACCUGCAGAGGCUCUCGCUGCAGGUGGCCAAGGGGGUGCUCCCGGAGGAGGAGGCCGCGCUGGAGCCCUACCUUCGUGGUGUGAGGUCUCGGCCGGAGAGUGACACUUCGUGCCUCUGGGUGGACCUCUGCUCUGUGAUCUGCUCCAAUGAGAACCUGAGCUCAUUAGACAUCAGCAGGAGCUUCCUGAGCCAGCUGGCCGUGAGGGUUCUUUGCGACUGUAUAACCCACACCUCCUGCCGUCUGCAGAGAGUGAGGGUCGGGAGCUGCUCCCCUGUGACCGCUCACCAGGACUUCUGUCUGGCUCUCGUUGGCAAGAAGACCCUGACUCACCUGACUGUGGGAGGCACCGUCCAGGAGGCCAGGAUGCUGCUGCUGCUGCUGGGGGAGACCCUUGGACACGCCAGGUGCAGCCUGCAAUGCCUGAGGCUGGGGCCCUGUACUGCCCCCGCGCAGCAGUGGGCGGGCCUCUUCCUGGCCCUCCAAGCCAACCACUCCCUGACGUGCCUGGACCUCUCGGACAGCGAGCUGCAGGACGGGGGCGCCAAGCUGCUGUGCUCGGGGCUGAGGCACCCCAAGUGCCCCGUGCAGAGGCUGUCGCUGGAGAACUGCCACCUCACGGAAGCCUGCUGCAGCGACCUCUCUGCCACUCUGAUCGUGGGCCAGAGGCUGACCCACCUGUGCCUGGCCAAGAACGACCUGGGGGACGGCGGGGUGAAGACCCUGUGCGAGGGCUUGCGCUAUCCCGAGUGCCGGCUGCAGGUGCUGGUGCUGCGGCGCUGCAAUGUGACCGAACAUGGCUGCAAACAGCUCUCGAAGCUGCUUCAGGAAGACUGCAGCCUCACACACGUGGACCUGGGUCUGAAUGCCAUAGCUGGCGGGCUGUGGUUUCUCUGUGAUGCCUUGAGGAAUCCAAAUUCCAGCCUGAAACACCUCGGGCUCUCGGGGUGCUCCCUCACCCCUCUGCACUGUCAGGGACUGGCAUCUGCCCUCAAGAGCAACCGGACGCUGGUGACGCUGGACCUGGGCCAGAACGCCUUGGGGCUGAGUGGCGUGGCUGAGCUCCUGGAGGCUCUGAAGGACGGCGGCGGGCCCCUGAGGACGCUCAGGCUGAAGAUGGACGAGUGGAAGGCGAGGCUGCAGGUGCUGCUGAGGGAGGUGAAGGAGAGCAACCCCCGGCUGACCGUGGAGAGUGCCCCGGGCUCCACGGCUCCCUCCUGCUGCCGGUUCUUCUUCUCGACAGCCUGAGUCUUUCUCCCCACUGACGACGUGUCGGGGGAUGGGGCCUCUUAGUGGAGGUCAAGGGGUCAGACCUGGAAUCGGGUCGAUGUCCCUGCUUCACGGCGAGUUCUGCGAGUCUUGCACCCGCUCUCGAUCGCG